ACAUUAACUCAUGUGUCUGUGAUUAAAUCAUCAAAUUGCUUGCAAAUUACUUGGGUCUGUGGCAUGAGUGUGGCUGGUUUGGGGAGCUGCAGCCUCUUCUUGUGCCACUGCUUUGCUGAAUUCCCUCCUCCCUGUGACAGCACAUGAGAUGGAGUCACCCCUGCCAUUCCCAUUUGAGAGGAGGCAGUGGCUGGAUGGUGCCUGCCUGCCUCACCUGACUCUUCCAGCUGUUUUUAUGGUAUGAACGGGGAUGGGGUAAUGCCUGUCUGGAGAGCUCAAGAUGAACCCAUUGAGGUUCAUGGCCAUCACAGUUCUAAGUGUCUCAGAAAUUCAACUUUAUUCAGCAAUCAUCUCAGAAACUCAAGGACAGUACUCCUGGCUUCAGUGAGGCAGCAUGGCCACAGCUGGAGCUGUGCUCAUCCAAGGUUCCUGCAGCACUGGCAUGAAGAAAUGCGCUGUGAUAUCCAGUGAUGGCACCUGGGCUGAGCAAGACUCCCUAUUUCACUCCAGAUCUCAGGUAGGCUUCUCUGGGGAGGCUGCUGCAGGGGAGGUUAUUUUACUUGGUUUCUUAAGGAGCAGAAUUAAAGAGGGAACCUUCACCUAGCCUAUUAUUUUUAAGAGGCUGUGUUCAUGGUGUGCAGCCUGGUGACCAGUCAGUGCAGAGAUUCUACGGUGGCCAUUGUCACUCUGGACAGAAUGGGUAAAAUACUAACAGGCAUUGCAAAAUAUUUCCCAGACAGUCAAACCAGCCUGCAUGCCAGCAGGCACUGCUUGGUUCUGUGCUCUCCUCUCUUUCAUGGUAGAGUAACCAACCUACUGGGAGCAGGACACUGGCUCCCGGACAGCUCACCAGGGCUUAGCAAAUCUUCCUAAGGCCUGCCAAGCUCAGCUCCCUAAGCCCCCUCAAAUGUGGCAACCAUGACAUCCAUGACUCUAGGACAAGGGAGCAAGGGAGGGAGUUGUGUGGCAGUGGAGGUGUCUCCAACCAGCAAACUCCAUUCAUCAGUUCCUGGAUGUGCAGCUGAGAUACAGGUGGUUCUAACCUGCCAGCAGGGGGUCUGGAAAAGAUUUGAAAUUAUCCUGCCUGAAUCCUUAUCCUGAUGCUAUGGUAGAAAGGACUAAUGCAGCCCUUUAAGACAGAAAAUAGGAAAAGCAGAUUAAAUCCCUGUGUAGAAGCAUUAGGGAGGCUUGUUGUAGGAUUCUGUAUCUUGAAAAGGAUUCAGUAAAAUCAGAGAGGCUCUGUAGAGCAGAAACACAAAAAAUGGCUUGAGGGUGGGAGGAAAAGCCUGGCAGAAAGAGAAUUAAGCGACUCAGUAUAUUUAGCUUUUCAGAAAGACGGAUGAGAGGGGGUUUGCUUGCAGCAUAUGUGUAGUGUCACAAAGAGAAAAUGCCAGGCUCUGAAAGGCUCUUUAAUCAAGCAGAAAGCAGAAUAAAAUGGUAUGUCUGCAAGCUGAAGCCAGACACAGGGAGGUGGGAUGCUCUUCUGAACGUGAGGGUGAGGGACUCCUGAAACAGACCCAGAAAAGUGGGAGUCUGCAAUGCUUGUCUUCAAUUCAAGCCUACCUCCUCUCUUGGAAACUAUGAGUGAACCAAACCUAGUGUAUUGGAAUUACUGCAAGGAAGUGAACUGCUGAGCACGGUGCUGGCCAGGGGCUUGCACUCACACAACUGCCUGCCAGGCGGGACCACUGGGUCACGUCAUCUGAGGAAGAUCCUUGGAAAGCUGUCCAGUCAGGCAGAGCACUUGGGGAGGCAAUCAGGCGACUCCAGGUGUUUACCUGCUCCCAAAGUGGUCAUGUAGAAGAGCAGAUUUAAUGUGAAGAUGGGACUCUUGGUGUUUAUGCGUAACCUGCUGCUAGCCCUCUGCCUCUUUCUGGUACUGGGAUUUCUGUACUAUUCUGCUUGGAAGUUGCACCUUCUCAGAUGGGAGGAUUCAAGGAUCCAGUUUACCACUUCUCCUUACCCUGUGAGCCGUUGUCAUGGCACAGCUGUGCUGGGGGCAGUUGCAGUGAUGUGCUGGGCCACACAAGAUUCAGUGGUUCUUUCCUUUGACUCCGUUGGACAUACAAUAGGCUCAGGAAGGAGAGAGAGAAAAACUGUGGCUAUUGUGCUUCCGCUGUCCAUCCCAUCUCACCUUGCUGCAGACCCAGGAAAAGACAGAGCCCAGAAAGAACCCACAGAAACCAUGACAGCUCCAGGCCCAGCCAUUCCCAAAUAUGACAAACUGGGCUUUCUCCUGAACCUGGACUCAAAACUGCCUCCAGAACUGGCAUCAAAGUAUGCCAAUUUCUCUGAGGGAAUGUGCAAGCCAGGCUAUGCAUCGGCGCUCAUGACUGUCAUCUUCCCAAAGUUCUCGAAGCCGGCACCAAUGUUCUUGGACGAUUCCUUCAGGAAAUGGGCACGUAUCAGGGACUUUGUACCCCCCUUUGGAAUUAAAGGACAAGAUAAUCUGAUCAAAGCCAUCCUGUCAGCAACCAAAGAUUAUCGUCUAACUCCAGCUCUUGACAGUCUCAGCUGCCGGCGGUGUAUUAUUGUGGGAAAUGGUGGAGUACUUGCAAAUAAGUCAUUGGGGUUAAAAAUUGAUGACUAUGAUGUUGUUGUCAGGCUGAACUCGGCUCCAGUGAAGGGCUUUGAAAAAGAUGUGGGUGGCAAGACAACACUCCGGAUCACGUAUCCUGAAGGUGCAAUCCAGAAAAUGGAGCAGUAUGAGAAGGAUUCCCUGUUUGUUCUGGCAGGAUUCAAAUGGCAGGAUUUCAAGUGGCUGAAAUACAUUGUUUACAAGGAGAAAGUGAGUGCCUCUGAUGGCUUUUGGAAGUCAGUGGCAACCCGUGUCCCAAGGGAGCCUCAUGAGAUUCGUAUCCUGAAUCCCUUCUUCAUCCAGGAGGCAGCUUUCAGCUUCAUCGGUCUGCCUUUCAACAACGGCCUGAUGGGCAGAGGGAACAUCCCCACCCUGGGAAGCGUAGCAAUAACCAUGGCGCUGCACAACUGUGAUGAGGUGGCAGUAGCUGGCUUUGGCUAUGACAUGAGUUCACCCAAUGCACCGCUGCACUACUAUGAGAACAUCAAGAUGUCUGCCAUCAAAGAGUCCUGGACGCACAACAUCCAGCGGGAGAAGGAAUUUCUGAGAAAGCUGGUGAAAGCCCGAGUCAUCACUGACCUAACCAGUGGGAUUUGAGUGGCUGCAGCCGCUGCGUCCAAGGGAGGAGACAAAGACACGCUGCAGCUCUGGGAGCAGGCACUGGCAGCCCCCUGCAAGAAUCCCACCUCACUGAAGACACACAGAGAUGCCCAAGUGCUCUGGGAAGACCCUCUUGCAUUGCCAGUCUGCACGAGGGUUACAUCUCCCAUCUCCAGGCCUAGAGCUGGCAGGAGGUGGGCAAGGGGCUGAGUGGACAGUUCUUGAACUCUGCAUCGCAGACAGGUCUUCUGCAUCCUGAAUUAGACAGGAAAGACUCAGGAGAGAGAAGAAAGGUUUGUGAAUACAAUGAUUAGUGCCAAAUGGGAGGUGAUGCUGCCCUAAGGCAGCAAAGCCUGAAUGUACAAAGUAUUAUUUUUUAAAAGACUCUGCUGGAACCAUACUAGAAAUACCAAGGUACUAGGCAAAGUCUGCUUGCGCACAGCCCUGCGAAAAACCUGGCCUCUUCAUGCUCCAUCUGCAUUGUCACCGGCCUCUGACCUUUCCCCAGGAAAACAAAUCCAUCCAAAACUUCGGUGUCACUGGUGCUGCUACGAUUCGAAGGGAGAAUAAUGGCUUCCUCUCGUUCUCCACUUGGAGCUUCUGGAUGGAGAUGAGCAUGGGUUUGUUUUUCUGCAUUUUUCCUCGCAUCCUCCACAGAGGCAGCAACAGCAGCCACUGACUUGGCUGUGUUUUCCAUAGCCAUUUGCUCUGCUUCUGCCCUGACCCCGAGGUGGAGCAGGGAGCCGGUGGCUUUCUCCGCCUACAGCAGACCCUCCCACCUUCCUGCCUGUCACGAUGCAGAGGAGCCUGCCCCGUUGUGCUGAAGGCUUUCAGGCCUCUCGGUUUGUGCCUGCUGUGCAGGGCCCCUGAAGAGUCCGUGCAGACUUGUGUCACUGUUUCUGGACAGCAUCUCGCUUUGGUUUUGUGUGGGAGGGGAGUAAUUUAUUCUUUGGAAGGAGGUCAGAUCUUGAGCAGAGAUCUCAAGCUUUACAGUUUGAGAGCAGACUGCUGAAGAUGUUUGUUUUACGUUCCAGACUCAAUCAUGUUCCCUAUUUAAGCGACGUGUGACCUCAAUGAUGAUGGAACCUGAUGGGAACUCUCACCCUCUGCUCGGCCCCUGCUCACUCCAUUUCCAAGCUCCUCCAUGCUGCUCUCAGGAGCUGCUCCUCCUGCUCUCAGGAGCACGUCCUUCCUUUGCCCUCUUGGUCCCAAGAUGCACUAUUUGCACAUUUGAUUUGUAUACGUAUUUCAGAGGAGCUGGAAUAAACUGAUCAACGUGGCCAAGUGCGAGGGCAGCAGGGUGGUGGUCUCGUCCACCUGAAGAGCGUGGGCAGAAGGGAGGUUGCCAAGGGAAUGAGCAGUUACAUGUGGAAAGUGGCUCCUGUGCUCUCCUAGCCUGGAGCAGGCUGGAGUGCACCCUCAGGCACUGUCCCAGUCCCUGGGAGUCAAGGCACUGGCACACAGCCAGCCAGUGCUGGGGUCAGUGGAGGGGGAUCCCAGAGGGAUGUGGGUUGGGCUCAUGGUCCUGACAAUGUGUCUGACAUAGCCCAAGGAUUGCAGUCUGCCUUGCUCUGCACUGAAGGGAGCAUGACCCUGGCAUGGGCAAGGAAUGCUCAGAGCAGGGCUCGCGUGGCUCCCCUAGACCAGCUCUGCACCUGCUGACUUGCAGGGACUGUGGCUUUGGACCUGAGACCCUCAAGGGGGUGUGCAGGAGGGGCAGGCAGUGACCCAGGCGUGGGGCAGACCAGCAAACUGUACAGAAUGGUUUGAGACCAGGCUGCAGGCAGAGGCAGCUCCUAGGACAUGCCACUGAGUGCUGCUUACAGACCGGUGUGGGAUGCCUCUCUCAGGAGCCUCUCCUGCCUGCUGUGCCUGUAGCCAAGGAGCUUGCUCAGGGGCAAGUCCUGCCCAGCUUCUUCUUGCUGUUUCCCUUGUCAUCUGGGAGCAGCUCAAAGUUCUUGCUGCUUCUGGGCUGCAGAAGGCAUGCUGGGAGGCUCUCCUUCCCUUUACCCUUCCCAUGUCCCAUCCCCACUGCUCUGGUCUCCCAGCCAGGCAGUCCCUGUUCCCCCAGGGACAUGCCUCCUUUCAGGGUGCUCUGUGAGGUUUGCAGCAGGUUUUUGAGCAUAUGCUGUGGCAGAUCCUCCUUUUAAGUAUCUCCCAGUUUGUUUAUCCUUCUUGAGGACUCCAUGGGACUGAAUUUCCAUGGCUCUCAGCAGGCAACCCUCCCUUUGCAGUUCCUGGGUGUCAGCCUGGACUUGGGACCAUCUUCUGUGGAGUCCCAGCCAUGCUGGCAGUGGGAAUGCUUGGUCUGGGUCUGGCUGAGGCUGCGGCUGUGGCAGGGUUGACACCCACUCUCUGUCUUGGUGCUUUAACCAGCUGCCAUGAGAGCCCUAGGGCUGUAUCCAUGGGCUGCAGUGAGCUGAGAUGGCAGAGUGGGCAGCUGCAUCUGGAAGGAGGAGAGAAGAGCCUUUGGUGUCUCUGCUGGGACCCCCACAGAGGAUUGUUCAAUUGCAUUAUUGAACACUGCAAAGCUCCAGGGCACUUUAUCUGCCAGCUCCCUAGCUCCAGGUCCUAGGACACAGCAUGGCCACUGCUCAGCCUUCCCUGUCAUCCCAGCUCUCCACCACAGCCAUGAACAUGUCCUGAUGGGAAGUUGACCCUACAGACCAGGGAGGUGACUCCAAGCUCUUCCCUCCACCUUGACUGUGGUCUCCAGGCAGAAGAGUCCAAGUUGAAUGGAUGAGUGCAUGGUCCAGAGUGAUUGUGGUGGGUCAGGACCACCUGCAUGUGGAAGGAAAGAGCGUUUAGGGGACCAAGACUCUCCUCUGGUUCACUGACACCACAGAGCAGCCCAUGGCCAGGUGAUGGGGCUUCAGCUCCAGGAGCAGUGCACAGGACUGGGUUUUGCUCCUAGGUGCUGUUCUUUUGGCUGCCUCCCCACGUGCACCUGCAGCCACCUCCCGCCCUUGAAACGCCGCAGUGCUGCAGCUCGGAGCGGUGCCCGCGGGUCAGAGCAGGGUCAGUGGGACGGAUGUGAGUCUUGGCCUCUCCCUCGCAGUGACUCACCUUGUCAGAUCGGAAGGGAGAGCCCAGGGGAAUUCUCCACAGCCUAAAUAUAGAGCGGGGUUGCCUGGUGGCUCUGAUGCGCUGUGGUGCAGAAAGGCUGCUCGGGUGGCAGGGAACCUGCCUAGAGACAGCCGGGGGAAACACAGGGAGAUCAGGGGCCAGUGACCACAGUGGGUUUUGCUCCAACUAGUGCAGAGAGCAGGUCUGGGGAGCUGCAGGGCAGCCUGCAUGUGCUGCUCUGGAGGACAGGAGGUGCUGGAGAGCUGCUGCUGCUGUGCUGACCACACCAUGAGCUGCUUGUGCAUUUGUCAGUGCCCACCACACUGGCAUUUGGCUCCCACCACCAGCUCACCCUGUUAGGCCUGGCCAUGCUGUGGCCUCGAGCUCACACGUGCCAAAGGUAGGUACCAUGGCCAGGUAGUGUGAGACAUCAGUGGAAUCCAGCCCAGCAUUCCUCAUCCCAGCAUCUCUGGGCUUCUAGCGUCUCCUUCCUUGGAGGGAGAAGUAGAGAGGCCCUGCCUGGCCAUGCUGUGCUACCCCUCAGUGUGAGCACUGCUGGGAGCAGGGGAAGGUGUCAGGACAGGGCCAUCUGUGUCAAAUGGGUGCAGUUGGGUUGGGUAUGGGCAGAACUGGACACGGGCAAGGGCUUCCAGAGUGUUUGGCAGGGAGGCAGCCACCACGCCAAGCUCCACGGGCACCAGCACAGCAUGUGCUCUCGGUCCGAGGUUUGUCACUCACAGUGUUAGAGAUGUGUCCUUCAGUGCAGGAGCCCCUUUGGGGCCACAGCCCAGCCCCUCUGGGCUCUGGCUCCUUGCACAGCCUGCACAGGGUCUUGAAAAGGCCAGUGCAUUUGCCGGUACUGUACCAAGCCAAGAUGCAAGAACUCAAUGAGUUUUUAAAAUUAGUUUUAGUUUCUGCAUUUUUUUUUAAUUUUCCCUCUAGGCAGGGAGGGUAAGAGUCUUGCAGGCUCCUCCAAGCCGGCUUAUGUCACAUCAAUUCAGUCAUAUCACAGAAGCAAUAAAGCUAUCAAACAAGC